ACCAACUGGCUAUAGCAAGUUCCCCUAACUCGGGUUAGAAUUUAACCGCGGUUGAAAUGAUUGCUGCAACCGUUUUGACCCCUUUGCUUAUCGAAAGGCUCUCACCUCUUUCCCUCAAUAUACUUUUUUUUUUUUCCUCCAUCCUUUUGCUGAUAUACAAAAUUUUAGCUGAUAUAUAUAGAGAGAGAAACUAGAGUGAGAAAGUUGUUGAACAUGUAUUAAGAGUGUUUGAUUUGCUGUUCUUUAGGGCCUGUUUGGUUACCAAGUUUUGCAUGGUCAGUGCUUUUGUCUGGUGAAUUUUGCGGUUGUGUUUGUUUAGAAUUGAUUAUGUGUGAGAGGUAAUUGGAGAUGAGAGAUCUGUGUUGAGAAAAUUAGUGUGUACUGAAAUGGCUACUUCGGAGGUAUCGAUUAAAGGUUACAACGAGCCAAAUGAUGGCUCAAGGCAAGUUUUAGAGACUGUUAAGAGUAAUUCCGGUGCCGGAAAAGUUGAUGCUGAGACGGCGUUGUAUACGGAGCUAUGGCGGUCAUGUGCGGGUCCAUUAGUGACGGUUCCUCGUGAGGAUGAGCUGGUGUAUUAUUUCCCUCAAGGUCAUAUCGAGCAGGUUGAAGCAUCAACUAAUCAACUGGCUGACCAGCAGAUGCCUUUGUAUAAUCUUCCUUCUAAGAUCCUAUGCCGUGUCGUUAAUGUCCUGUUGAAGGCUGAACCAGAUACUGAUGAGGUGUAUGCACAAGUGACUUUGAUGCCGGAGCCAAAUCAAGAUGAGAAUACAGUGAAGAAGGAAACUAUGCGCCCUCCUCCACCACGAUUUCAUGUACACUCAUUUUGUAAGACACUAACAGCCUCUGAUACAAGCACUCAUGGUGGAUUUUCAGUCUUGAGAAGGCAUGCUGAUGAAUGCCUUCCCCCACUGGAUAUGUCUCGGCAGCCUCCAACGCAGGAGUUGGUGGCCAAAGAUUUACAUAGGAAUGAGUGGCGCUUCAGGCAUAUAUUCCGGGGCCAACCAAGGAGGCAUCUUCUACAGAGUGGUUGGAGUGUCUUCGUUAGUUCGAAGAGGCUUGUCGCUGGGGAUGCAUUCAUCUUUCUUAGAGGUGAGAAUGGGGAGCUUCGUGUUGGAGUUAGACGUGCCAUGAGACAGCAAGGGAAUGCCCCAUCAUCGGUGAUAUCCAGUCAUAGCAUGCAUCUCGGUGUACUUGCGACAGCUUGGCAUGCCAUUCAGACAAAAACAAUGUUCACUGUGUAUUACAAACCAAGGACAAGCCCUGCUGAGUUUAUAGUUCCCUAUGAUCAGUAUAUGGAAUCCGUGAAAAACAAUUACUCUAUUGGAAUGAGGUUUAAGAUGAGGUUUGAAGGUGAAGAAGCUCCAGAGCAGAGGUUUACUGGAACUAUAGUUGGCAUUGAAGAUGCUGAUCCCAAAAGGUGGCUUGAAUCUAAGUGGAGAUGUCUGAAGGUUCGGUGGGAUGAAAAUUCUACCAUUCCAAGGCCAGACCGAGUUUCACCCUGGAAAAUAGAACCAGCUCUUAGCCCUCCUGCACUUAAUGCACCUCCAAUCGCAAGGCCAAAAAGGCCUAGAUCCAGUAUUUUGCCCUCAUCUCCCGAUUCAUCUGUCCUGAGUAGGGAAGGUUCAUCCAGAGUAACUGCAGACCAUUCCCAACCCAGUGGGUUUUCGAGGGUCUUGCAAGGUCAAGAGUUAUCGACCUUUAGAGGUGGUUUUGCAGAAAGUAAUGAGUCAGACUUGUCUGAGAAAUCGAUGAUAUGGCAACCAUCAGUGGAUGAUGAAAAGAAUGCUAUUCAUUCCGCAUCUAAGAGAUAUCUUUCAGAUAAAUGGUUACCUUUGGGGAGGCCUGAGUCAUCUCUCACGGAUCUAUUAUCAGGUUUUGGAGUGCAAAAUAACUCCUCCCAUGGGUUCUGUUUACCGUCUGCGGACCAAGCAGCAUUUGGUGCUGGCUUGGUGAAGCGACAAGCACAAGACCAGGAAAAAGAUUUUAGCUUACUGGGAAAACCAUGGUCUCUAUUGUCUUCGGGUCUCUCUCUUAAUCUGAUGGAUUCAGGCUCAAAAGCUCCUGGCCAAGGGGGUGAUACUCCCUAUCAAAUGCGGGGAGAUGCUAGGUACAGUGGUUUUGGCGAGUUCUCAGUCUUUCCUGGUCAUAGAGCUGAGAAUCAGCAGGGAAGCUGGAUUAUGCCUCAAUCAGUGUCGCCUUACAUUCAGCUCUCCUCUCAUUCAAGAGAUAUGAUGCAUAAACCCACUGUAGCAAAGCAGCCUGAGGCUGUGAAACCCAAGGAGGGGAACUGCAAAUUAUUUGGCAUUCCCCUUACAAGUAACGUUUGCACGGAUCCUGUUACGAUGCGAAAAAGUUCAUUGAUCAAUUCAGCAAGUGACAUGAAUAUUGGUAUACACACCCAUCAAUCCCCUGCCACUGAUUCUGAUCAAAGGCCUGAGCAAUCAAAGGGAUCAAAGGUGGAUGAUGGAAUUGCAGCUAAUGAUAAUGACAAACAAUUUCAUACCUUUCAUCUUGCUGCUAGAGAUAGGGAUGGCAAAGGUCAUAGUAGUUCAACAAGGAGCUGCACAAAGGUUCAUAAACAGGGUACAGCACUCGGAAGGUCAGUGGAUCUUGCAAAGUUCAACAAUUAUGACGAAUUGAUUGCUGAACUGGAUCAGCUUUUUGAUUUUAAUGGUGAACUCAAGGCUGGAAGUAAGAGUUGGCUGGUUGUAUACACUGAUGAUGAGGGUGACAUGAUGCUUGUUGGAGAUGAUCCAUGGCAGGAAUUUUGUGGUAUGGUUCGCAAGAUUUUUAUCUAUACAAAAGAGGAGGUGCAGCGUAUGAAUCCGGGGACUCUUAAUUCAAAAGGUGAAGACACGUCUUCUGUCGCAGAGGGCUCAGAAGCUAAAGAAGUGAAGAAUCUGCAACUUCCUUCUGAAUCUGGUCAAGAAGAGUCUUAGGUUUUCCUCCGAAAUUGAGGUUUAUAAGAUAGCCGAGGAGACGGCUUGUAUCCACCUAGGUGUUGGCUUUUUGGGGAUUUUUGAGUAUAACCUACAAUAUCAGCUCCCUUUGACUUCUGGAUGGGAUGGUCUCUCUCCAGAUAGAUGCAGCUUUAGUAUUUGCAAUUUUGGACCCCUUUUUGGAGCCAAUAUCUGGCCCUUAUCUAUCUAUACAUAGUAUAUGUAAAUUAUCAGCGUGGUCAUUAGCCUUGCUUUUCCCCCACUGUACAUACCCCGUUGACCAAUUUCUCUAGCUCUAGAUGUAAGUAAGAUGUCGAUUCACUACCUUGCUUUGCUGUUGAUUUUUAGGUGGAAGUGGUAUCCACCUGCGUCGGUUAGACAAACAUAUUUUGUAUCAGCAUUUAUGGUUAUGCGUUAGAAAAGAAGUUUUUUCUUGGUGAA